AUGCUCACGAAGACAGAGGUAGCACUACAAAAUGCGUUAACUCCACAACGGCAUCCGAAUAUCGUUCAGUGCUUCGGAUCAAAUUAUGAAGUUGAGUUGAACCAGCUUCAAAUUUUUCUCGAAUAUGUCAACGGCGAUGAUGUACGAACGAUUAUCGAGGCUCUAAAAACGACAUAUGGGCAUCAGGGAUCAUCUUACUUCUUAUGCUUGCUGGGAGGCGAUCAUGGAGGCGGGCAAGAAGUAGAACGUAUUGCUCUCUGCUGCAACUGGGAACGUCUUACCGCGGUGAGAAAAUCGCUCACAGUUACGCUUUGGACGUUCCAGAUCAACGGUAGUUUUGGAGAAGUCAGCCUAAUUGAAAAUCCCCUAAAUCGGAACAUUGUUUCUGCUCGAAAAAUAGCACUGAAACGUAUACGAUUAUCAAAACUGAAUGCAAGGCAAAAAGAAGAGGCUGACUAUGAGGUUAUGCUUCAAGAAACUCUGAGUAAAACUGAAGACAAUCAUAUUGUUCACUGCUAUGGUUCUCGUGACGAUCGCGUUUUAAACGAAAAGCACAUCUAUUUAGAAUAUGUGGACGGCAGUGACCUGUUCGAAAUAGCUAUGAAUAAAGGCGGUGUUGGGCGGAGAGCAGCUAGUAGUUAUUUUCGUCAACUCCUUGAGGGACUCGCCUUUUUGCACGGUCUCUACGUGGCUCACCGUGAUAUCAAACCCGAAAAUCUUUUGAUCGAUAAAAGAGGUAAGAACGGUUCGAUUCUAAGUCCAAUUCAGAUCUACAGUGGUAUAAAACAGCCGAUUAUGUCUUAUUUAGGAAACCUCAAAAUCGCUGAUUUUGGAUUAGCCGACUGCUAUCGUGAGUCGGAAGAUGAGCCUGAUCGUCGACUAACGCGGAUAUGCGGCUCUUACGAGUAUCUGUCACCUCAAGUUUUCGAGAAUGAUUACAGUGGUCCAAAAAAUGACAUAUGGUCCGCCGGCAUUGUUUUGGUUGUGAUGCUCACGGGUGAUCUUGCCUGGGAUCGAGCCGACAGUAACGACCUUUGCUACACUCUUUGGAAGAAUGGUGAACUACCAGCUCUCUUUAAGAAAUUUGAUCGGUCAACAAUAAGUAUAAUUUCUGAAGCUCUCGAUAUUGAUGAGGACCGACGUCCAAACUCUCAGCAGUUACUGAAGCAUCCAUGGUUGCGUUCACUAUCGAAAAGAAGUUAUAAUAAUAACAACAACGACGAUAAUGAGAAACCAGUAAAACGCUCAAGAUUAAGUUACCGAUAA